AUGGUCUUGGAUUGUACAGUUGAUGUGUGUUGUUUUAUGGAUGCGUACGCUAAACGGAACAUCGUCAACAACCCCGCGUGCUUUAUCUGGCUCGACAAAAACACUGCACGGGGCGGGAGCUGCGCCGGCUCGAACCGGCCGGAACCAGAAAUGCUGCAGUCAGACCGAGGCACACAGAUCGAUCUGUGACAAGAAAAACAACUGUCUAACAACAGCUGAACUCGAGUAACCUUGUCCCAUUCAAGAUGGCCAGCGCAAUCAUGCUGAGAGGACUGGGCCUGGCGGCGGCGGCGGCGAGAGCGGGAUCCCGCCCACAGAGUCUGUUCGCUGCCUGCAAACUGCACACGACUUCAAGUUCAAGUGUAGCGAACUCAGAAGACAAGGCAACAUCUGGUCCACUGGGGAAGCGCCUAAAGGACCAAGCGGAGACAUUGAUCAUCGGUGGAGGAUGUGUGGGGACCAGUCUGGCUUAUCACCUGGCCAAGGCAGGACAGAAGGACGUUGUGCUGCUGGAGAAGACAGAGCUGACUGCUGGGUCGACAUGGCACGCUGCUGGCCUGACAACACUGUUCCAUCCUGGAAUCAAUGUCAAGAACCUGCAUUACUACAGCAUCUGGCUCUUCAAUGAGCUGGAGAAGGAAACAGGGCAGAAUGUAGGAUUCCAUUCACCAGGAAGCAUCAGGAUAGCUUCUACCCCCACCCGGGUGGACGAGUUCCGGUACCAGAUGCAGCGGCAGGGCUGGAACAAGGCCCCGCAGUGGCUGCUGACUCCGGAGGAAGUACAUGAGAUGCACCCGCUGCUAAACAUGGACAAGGUUCUGAUGGGCCUGUACAACCCCGGGGAUGGCCACAUCGACCCCUACACUCUCACUCAGGCCUACGCCAUCGGUGCCCGGAUGUACGGGGCUGACAUCUACCAGAAGACCAUGGUGACGGGCCUGGCGAUGCGCAGUGAUGGCAGCUGGAAUGUGGACACUCCAUACGGCACCAUUCAUGCACAGAGAGUGGUCAAUGCUGCAGGUUUCUGGUCGCAUGAGUUAGGCCUGAUGACUGGGUUUGAGCUACCCCUCAUCCCUGUCCAUCACCAGUACGUCAUCACCGGCCCCGUGCCAGAGGUCAAGUCUCGGACGCAGGAGCUUCCUGUCAUACGCGACCUGGACGGGUCAUACUAUCUGCGCCAGGAGAGGGACGGGAUCUUGAUCGGUCCCUACGAGAAGGAGGACAGGAUGGAGCUACAGGAUCAUUGGAUCAAGGACGGGGUGCCUCCAGGUUUUGGAAAAGAAUUAUUCGAGUCAGAUCUUGACCGCAUCUCGGACAACCUGGAGGCUGCAAUGGAGAUGGUGCCUGUAUUUCGUGAUGCUGAAAUCUCUCGCAUUGUCUGUGGACCAAUCAUGUACACCCCUGACAUCCUUCCGCUGAUGGGACCAUACAGGGCACAGGGGGUGCAGAACUACUGGUGUGCUGCAGGGUUUGGCUAUGGAGUCAUCCACAGUGGGGGUGCAGGGAAGUACCUGACUGACUGGAUCCUGAAUGGAGAGCCACCUUAUGAUCUGAUAGAACUGGACCCCAACAGGUUUGGUGAGACUUGGUGUGACAGACAGUUUGUGGCUACCAAGGCCAGGGAGUCGUACGGGUACAACAAUGCAGUUGGGUACCCGAAGGAGGAGAGGUUUGCUGGCCGCCCCACGGCCAGGGUCAGCGGCAUCUACCAAACACUGCUGGACAAGGGUGCCGACAUGGGCUUCCACUCAGGAUGGGAGCAGCCCAGCUGGUUUGCUAAAGAAGGUGACACCCACGGCUAUCUUCCUAGCUUCAGACGCUCGAACUGGUUCCAUCCGGUCGGGAGGGAGUGUGAACUGGUUCUGUCCAGAGCCGGGGUGAUCGACCUGACACCGUUUGGAAAGUUUGAGAUCAAAGGUCCUGAUUCAGCAAAGUUUCUGGACCACCUGUGUGCAAACAAUGUACCAAAGACUGGGAAGACAUGCAUCAGUCACAUGUUGACCCCCAGAGGACGGGUAUACGCAGAGUUGACCAUCUCCAAACUAGGAGAGGAUCACUUCUUUGCCAUCACAGGGUCAGGAUCAGAGUUCCAUGAUCUCAGGUGGAUGGAGGACCAUGCCCUUAAGGGUGGCUAUGAUGUCACCAUCUCCAACAUUACAGAUGAGGUGGCUUGUAAUGGUAUUGCUGGCCCUAAUUCCAGAGAUGUGCUGGAGAAGCUGACCUCAGGUGACUUGAGCGAGGAAGGGUUCAAGUUCCUGGCUGUCCAUGACAUCAGUCUGGGUGGGGUUGAUGUCAGAGCUAUCAGGAUAUCUUACACUGGUGAGCUGGGCUGGGAGCUGUACCACGCCAGAGAGGACACAGCCCGGCUGUACGAGGCCCUGAUGUCGGCAGGACAGGAGUUCGGGCUGGGGGACUUCGGCACCUACGCCAUGGGCUCCCUCAGGCUGGAGAAGGGCUUCAGGGGGUGGGGGGCUGAGAUGACUGUUGACAACAAUCCUUUGGAAGCAGGCUUGGAUUUCUUCAUCAAACUCAACAAGCCUGCAGACUUCAUCGGUAAGCAGGCUCUGCAGCAGCUGCAGCAGGAGGGACUGACCCGGAAGCUGGUGUGUCUGACUGUGGAGGUGGAGGAGAACGGUCCUGAUGCUGAGGGCAACGAGACCAUCUGGCACCAGGGGAAGGUUGUCGGAAACACAACGUCAGGAGCGUAUGGUUACCAGAUCCAGAAGUCAAUAGCCUAUGCCUACGUCCCACUCCAUCUCGCCGAACCAGGGACCGUGGUGGAGGUAGAGUUGCUAGGCAGCCGCCGCUCGGCAACAGUGCAGCAGGAGCCUUUGGUUCAGACGGAACCAGUUCGGACAAGACUGGCCAGGAAAAAGUCAGCUGAGACAGCCAGGGGCAAUGUCACAGUGUGAAGGAUCGGACUGGAUGCAAUACUGACUUAUUACAGGGUCCUUUGAUUUAGAAACACUUAUUUCUCCAAAAUGUAUUUUACUAGGCCUUUUGAUUGGUAGCAAAUCUGAUAGUGAACAAGGAACUGGAAGUCAUUCUGAGUAUAAUCAGUUUGGUGUAGCACAGCACACAAUGACAUUGUGCAAACUGGCAGACUAAUUUUAUGCCUCAUAAACUUGUUCCAACAUUGCAUUUUUUGAGUCCUCACUCUUAUUCUUAAAGAAGAGAACUCAUUAAGUCAUUGAUGUUUUUGACAUUUUCCUAUUCCACAAAGGGCUAUUUUCAAAUUACUUACAAUUUAUAUGAGCUGCUGUUAUAAACAUCAAAUUCCGUAAUAUUUUCAUACUAAUGUAGGAAGAAGGGAGAUCUGGAAUAGCAAGGCUGUAGUUUGUAGGGCUGCUCAAAAUAAAAGGGAUGAGAGAAAAAUAUUAGGAAAGACAAUCUGAAGCAUUAAAACAUUGUAAAAGAAAGCAAAUGAUGUACAUGUAAUUCAGCACUUCUUACCUGAUGCAAGUGGGAAUAUUCAGGUCAUGUGACAUUGGCUUCAGGUCAUUUCAACCUGAGAAAGGUCAGAACAAAUCUUGUUGGUAGGCAGUUUACACUGUAUGGAAACAAAGUGUAAAAUAUUUACUACAUGUAUGUCAAUCACAGAUGAACCUCCAUACAAAUACAAUGUAUAUGAACAAUGUUAUUGCUUCUAUUUCACAAUCAUGUUCAAAAUGCUGAAGGUAUGCCCCAUAUUGGAGGAUGAUGUUUAAGUACUGUGCUUGAUUUAUAAGAAAUGACUAUCCCUACAUGACUAGGAAACAUACUGUAGGUUGUAACAUGUAGUUUAAAUGCAUUGUCAGUUGUAUACAUGCCAAAAGAACUCAAUAUGAGAUAUUGUUGGCAGUACAUUGCAUCAGAUCUUCUGUCUACGAUGUAGAUGUGGAUUUUCUCUAUGUGGAAGACAGUAAAUAAAAGUGUUACUUUCAA